AUGGCGGGGCCGAGCCCGCGGUCCGGAGCCCUGGAGCGCGCCGGCAGCUGCUGGCAGGACCCGCUGGCCGAGGCGCUGAGCCGGGGCAGGCCGCUCGCGGCGUCCCCGGGUCGGGGCUGUGCGCGAAGCCGGCCGCUCAGCGUGGUCUACGUGCUGACCCGGGAGCCGCUGCCUGAGGUAGAACCCGAGACGGGAGCCGAGGCGGAGCCGCUGCCUCUGCGCUGCCUGCGUGAGGCCUGCGCGCAGCUCCCCGGACCGCGGCCGCGACCUCAGUUGCGCAGCCUGCCUUUUGGAACCCUGGCGCUGGGAGACACCGCAGCGCUCGAUUCGUUCUACAACGCGGACGUGGUGGUGCUUGAGGUGAGCAGCUCCCUGGCGCAGCCCUCCCUGUUCUACCACCUGGGUGUGAGGGAGAGCUUCAGCAUGACCAACAACGUGCUCCUCUGCUCCCAGGCUGACCUCUCUGACCUGCAGGCCCUGCGGGAGGACAUUUUCCAGAAGAACUCGGAUUGCAUUGGCAGCUACACGCUGAUCCCCUACGUGGUGACAGCCACCGGUCGGGUGCUGUGUGGCGAUGCAGGCCUCCUGAGGGGCCUGGCUGAUGGGCUGCUCCAGGCUGGGGUGGGCACAGAGGCCCUGCUCACACCCCUGGUGGGUCGGCUGGCCCGCCUGCUGGAGGCCACACCCACAGACUCUUGUGGCUACUUCCGGGAGACCAUUCGGCAGGACAUCCGGAGGGCGCGGGAGAGGUUCAGCGGGCAGCAGCUGCGGCAGGAGCUGGCUCGCCUGCAGCGGAGACUGGACAGCGUGGAGCUGCUGAGCCCCGACAUCAUCAUGAACCUGCUGCUCUCCUACCGGGAUGUGCAGGACUACUCAGCCAUCAUUGACCUGGUGGAGACCCUGAAGGCCUUGCCCACCUGUGAUGUGGCCGAGCAGCAUAAUGUCUGCUUCCACUACACCUUUGCCCUCAACCGGAGGAACAGGCCUGGGGACCGGGAGAAGGCACUGGCUGUGCUGCUGCCACUGGUACAGGUGGAGGGCCCGGUGGCACCUGACCUGUACUGCAUGUGUGGCCGUAUCUACAAGGACAUGUUCUUCAGCUCUGGCUUCCAGGAUACUGGGCACCGGGAGCAGGCCUAUCACUGGUACCGCAAGGCCUUUGACAUAGAGCCCAGCCUCCACUCAGGCAUCAACGCUGCUGUGCUCCUCAUUGCCGAUGGGCAGCGCUUUGAGGACUCCGAGGAGCUCCGGCUCAUAGGCAUGAAGCUGGGCUGCCUGCUGGCCCGAAAAGGCUGCGUGGAGAAGAUGCAAUAUUACUGGGAUGUAGGCUUCUACCUGGGAGCUCAGAUCCUCGCCAAUGACCUCACUCAGGUGGCACUGGCCGCAGAGCAGCUCUACAAGCUCAACGCCCCCAUAUGGUACCUGGUGUCCGUGAUGGAAACCUUCCUGUUGUAUCAGCACUUCAGACCCACACUAGAGCUUCCUGGAGAAGCCCCCCACGGCGCCCACUUCUGGCUCCACUUCUUGUUACAGUCCUGCCAGCCACUCAAGACGGCUUGUCCCCAAGGGGACCAGUGCUUGGUGCUGGUCCUGGAGAUGAAUAAGGUGCUGCUGCCGGCCAGGCUGGAGGUUCAGGGUACAAACCCGGUGAGCGCGGUGACCCUGAGCCUGCUGGAGCCCAAGAAGCAGGACGUUCCCUCCAGCUGGACCUUCCUGGUGGCCUCCAUCAGCGGCGUCAGCGUCUCCAAGCGGGACGAGCGCUGCUGCUUCCUCUACGCGCCUCCUCCCGCUCAGGACGUCCAGCUGUGCUUCCCCAGCGCCGGGCACUGCCAGUGGUUCUGCGGCCUGAUCCAGGCCUUGGUGAAGAGUCCGGACUCCGGGGCGCCUGCGGAGGAGACGGAGGGCGUUGGGGAGGUGUUGGAGUUUGAUUACGAGUUCACGGAGUCGGGCGAGCGGCUGGUGCUGGGCAAGGGCACGUACGGGGUGGUGUACGCGGGCCGCGAUCGGCACACUCGUGUGCGCAUCGCCAUCAAGGAGAUCCCGGAGAGAGACAGCAGGUUCUCUCAGCCGCUGCAUGAAGAGAUCGCUCUGCACAAACGCCUACGCCACAAGAACAUUGUGCGGUAUCUAGGCUCCGUCAGCCAGGGCGGCUACCUCAAGAUUUUCAUGGAGGAAGUGCCUGGAGGCAGCCUGUCCUCCUUGCUGCGGUCAGUGUGGGGACCCCUGCAGGACAACGAGAGCACCAUCAGUUUCUACACACGCCAGAUCCUGCAGGGACUCAGCUACCUGCACGACAACCACAUUGUGCAUCGAGAUAUCAAGGGGGACAACGUGCUGAUCAACACCUUCAGCGGGUUGCUCAAGAUUUCUGACUUUGGCACCUCCAAGCGACUAGCAGGCAUCACACCCUGCACUGAGACCUUCACAGGGACCCUACAGUAUAUGGCCCCAGAAAUCAUUGACCAGGGCCCACGAGGUUAUGGGAAGGCAGCAGACAUCUGGUCACUGGGCUGCACAGUCAUCGAGAUGGCCACAGGUCACCCGCCCUUUCACGAGCUAGGGAGCCCGCAGGCUGCCAUGUUUCAGGUGGGCAUGUACAAGGUGCAUCCGCCAAUGCCCGGGUCUCUGUCAGCUGAGGCUCAAGCCUUCCUCCUCCGAACUUUUGAGCCCGACCCCCGCCUCCGAGCCAGUGCUCAAGCGCUGCUGGCGGACCCCUUCCUGCAGCCUGGGAAGAGGAGCCGCAGCCCUGGCUCCCCCAGACAGGUUCUAAGGUCCUCAGAGGUGCCAUCCGACAGCCCUGCUCCUUCAGCGGACUCCACCUCCCAGUCCCAGACAUUCCCGCGCCCUCAGGCACCCUCUCAGCACCCUCCCAGUCCCCCUAAGCGCUGCCUCAGUUAUGGGGACUCCAGCCAGCUCCGGGUGCCCGAGGAGCCUGGGGCUGACGAGCCCGCGUCCCCUGAGGAGAGUUCGGGGCUAAGCCUCCUCCAUCAAGAGAGUAAGCGCCGGGCCACGCUGGCCACGGUACUGGAGCAGGAGCUGCCGGCCCUGGUGGAGAGCCUGCGCCUGCAGGAACAGGGUCCCCGUCUGGAGAAGGGUCAUGUGGAACAGCUACUGCUCUGCCUCAGGGCGCACAUCCACACUCCCAGCCGUCGGCAGCUGGCCCAGGAGCUGCGGGGACUGCAAGGGCAGCUUCGGGCUCAGGGCCUUGAGCCCGAGCUUCUGCAAGGGCCGCUCUUCGCCUUCCCGGAUGCGGUGAAGCAUGUCCUCCGCAGGCGCCAGAUCCGCCCACACUGGAUGUUCGUGCUGGACUCGCUGCUCAGCCGCGCUGUGCGGGCAGCCCUGGCCGUGCUGGCCCCAGAGGCGGAGAAGGAGGCGGUCCCACCGAAGUCGGAAGAGGCCAAUAACACAGAGGAGUCUGAGCCCAAGCAGGAGACCCCAGCCCCAGCCGAGCAGAGCCCUUUCCUGGGGGAACCGGAGCCGGGCACCCCUUCUCUGAUGGUGCAGCUGGGCCUCUUGCGAGCAGAGACUGAUAGGCUUCGAGAUGUUCUGGCUGAGAAGGAAAGGGAAUGCCAGGCCUUGGUGCAACUGGCCCUCCAGCGGGUCAAUGGGGAGGCCAGGACCUGUGCCCUGGCUUCAGACCCCCCAGCUCUCAUGGUGGACCAGGGCCUGGUCCAGUGGCUACAGGAACUGAAUGUGGAUUCAGGCACCAUCCAGACGCUACUGAACCACAGAUUCACCCUCCAUGCCUUACUGACCUAUGCCACUAGAGAUGACCUCAUCUACACACGCAUCAGGGGAGGGAUGAUAUGCCGCAUCUGGAGAGCCAUCUUGGCACAGCGAACAAGAUCCACGCCAGUUACCCCUGGCCCCCAGGAGGCUGAAUGA